AUGUCGAAGGGGUUUUGCGCUCGCACAAAACGCACACCUCUCCUACGGGCUUCGUUCCAAUACGGCAGUGAAGGCCUGGUGCAAUUAUUGUUAAACUACGGAGCAGACGUCAAUGGCAAACCUCAUCCGUCUGGAGGACGCACUGCCUUGCAGGCGGCAACUGAAUACGGCCGCAAGUCUGUGGUUAAGACACUAUGGACGUUUGGAGCAAAAAUCAAGGCCGAACGAGCCAGUAAGGAUGGAAUCUCGGCAGUUGAAGCUGCAGCCUCGAUAUCUGAUCAAGAGAUUCUCCAGCUUUUUCGCGACAAAGAACCUGAGAUCAUAUCAUCAGAUCCCAUCGCGAAAAGUCGGGUCAUUAUGCUAGCCUUGAAAAGCGGGAGAUGCGACGUGCCUUUUCUGGAACUUUUGCUCAAAGCAGGAGCAGCUGUUGAACGUAUCCCACCCUCUCCAUCGGAGAUAUCAGUCCUUCAAUCUGCAGCGCUACCGAAUCACCGCUGGGAAACCAAUCAUCCUUUGUGCCUUACGGGUCACAGCAUUAGGGGUCGCAGCGUUACAGCCCUUCAAACUGCGGUUUGCAAGCGGGAUAUUGAUGUCGUCCAGUUGCUGCUCGAAAAUGACGCCGAUAUCAAUGCACCGGCGGCCAAGAAUGGAAGAAGAACCGCGUUGCAGGUGGCUGUGUCAAAGAACCAUUUGGCUAUGACAAAACUCUUGGCUGCGAGCUCAGGUUUCGCGCAGCUCACCGAAUUCCUGCUCUCUCAUGGUGCCGAUGUCAACGCGCCAGCCGCACAUUUUGGCGGAGUCACUGCCUUGCAAGGGGCCGCGCUCCAGGGCAAUGUUCGCAUUAUAAUGGUGCUGCUUCAAGCUGGAGCAGACAUCAAUGGAGCGCCUGCCAUCGAGCAGGAACGAAACGCCAUCGAAGGCGCCGCUGAAAACGGCAGGCUCGAUACUUUACAUCUCCUUUUAAUUUAUCAUCCAAACACGGAAGAGUUUGAGGUCAAGAAAAAACGAGCAGCGGAAUUGGCACUGGCAAAUGGCCACCUAGCCAUAGGAAGAUUUCUGCUGGCCUAUCGUAAAAGUGGUUGA